AUGGAAUGUUUGCUUGAUUUUCGCGGCCACAAGCAUGCAGACACCUCUAGUCUUGACUACGAGGGAUAUGUACUGCAGGAAGAGCCGCCCAGCGCCUGCGACAUAUUCGAGAUGUCAGGUCUAGCAAGCGCCGACGGGCUUCGCAACUAUCUCAAGGAACGCCUUCAACCACACCACAUCAUCGACGAGUAUGGAGACGAGUGCACCAUCUCUGAGAUUUCCACGGGUCAUCUCCCCGUACUACAAACGAAGAUGUGGUCUAGAGCCACUUGCAAUCGCUCACCAACGAAGUCAAUAGCCGGAUACCCUUCUGCAGCGCAAGUCCUCGUCGCGAAUCACGUUGCGAAGAUCUCACAGCUUCUUGAAGAGGACCACGUCUUCGUUUUGAGUAAUACCACUCUCAACACUUGCCAAUACAUGAAAGGCCUCCAACCCACCUCAGCGCGUACCUGCCAGUCACAGAGUGUCAGACUCGAGCCUCUUGUCCAUUGGGGCACACUCACACCAGGCACCGAGUCACGCUCCAUAUUCUCUUUCCAUCGUGACGGUGAGCUCAUGCAACAACCCGAGUACAUGGUGCUUGUGAGGAGAUUGGUCGGCGCAGUGGCACCAACUUAUUGCCUGGACUGUUUGGACUACCUCCGGAGUAAGUGCACCGAAGCUCUCGAAGCCACGAGACAGCUUCAAUACGCCGUACAAAAGCCUGAAGAUAGCGAGUUGAGGAAAGAGUUUCGUCUGGAAUUGCGACUGAAGCUCAAGGACUAUGGUUCUACUUCAGGUUGCGUCGACAUGUUAAACUUGGGUGCGGUGGGGACCCAGAACAAGUCACCAGAGACGACAGAAUUGUACGAUGGCUUCGGAAAAACAUUGCCUCAGCUCGAUGGUGCUCCAGACUCUUCUGAGAACGAUUCACGCCAUUGUGCUUCUAGCAAGAGUCAGACAUCUAAUACAAUAUGGUUAAGCUCCGACAGCGAAGAAUACGGAGAAAACCACAACCCAUCUGCCACAGUGGGAGUGGCUAAGAGUAAGCAUGGCUCGCAGAUUAUCGACUUGAUCACUCCUCCACGCGCUAAAGAACGCACAUUCGGCCUAGAACUUGAUACCAAUGCCAGAUUUCCCUUAGUUCAAUUAAGGAGGUCACCGCGUAACCUUAAGACAGAUGUACCGGCCAAGACUUAUCUCUCACCAGUGCGGCCCAUGAAGCCUCUGAAGGCAGUGUCGAAAAGAAAGGGGCUGGCAGAGACGACCAAGAAGCACAAGGUUGUUGAUCCACUUCAGCAAACAAACAAGCCAAAGAAGCCAUGCAACAAAAUUCUCAAACCAGAUUCGACGGUCCACUCUAUCUCGCCUCUCCAAGUCAUCGUAUACUUCGCAAAACGAGCUGCCAACACAGAGGUGCCUGACGGUGUUGCUACUUUGACAUACGAAGCCUUCCAGGUCACGAGUCCAGUGGCUACUGCAAAGAUUUGCUGCUGUAAUAAGCCUGCGGGCCAUGGUACCUCCAAGAAGAAGGGCGCACCCCAGAUCGCAGAGUGCAACAACCUCAACUGUCGAUUCCGAUGGUAUCAUUAUGCCUGCCUAAACCUAUCAGACAAAGGCAAGGCUCGGUUCGGUACGUUGCUCUGCCAAUACUGUCGCGGCGAGGAGGAGCUUGCCGAGCAAGGCAAGAGAGCAGGCUGGAGUAUGGAGAAGCUGGUAGACUUCAAGAUGCCAUGGACUAAGCAGGACAUCGACGCUGAGAUGCCUGGUCUGGGCGGACAUGCUCCUUUGGUUCAUCCAUACGGCUUAGGCAUAUCUGUCGACAAUGAGCCUGAGCACCAGAUCGAUCCUGAGAGGCUAGUCGCACCCUCAUAUGCUGGAGGAAGCAUAUAUUUACCCUGA